CUAUCACCCGCUCGGGAAUAGGAGACGUUCGGGGGGGGGCGGGGGGAGCGUGGGUUUGUACCACUCCCAGCACAUGGUGCGCGCCAGUCCCCACUCCCCCGGCCUUUGCCAACCCAACCGCCUUAGCCGCCUGGUACCUGCUUAUCUCUCAACCAAACUUGCUAUCCUGGCUCGUUCCUAUUGGCUCGUCAUUUUAUUAAUAUACAAAUAUGGUGACUCCAAUACCCAAUGGCAGACGGGCAGGUAGUUAACAUUCAAGACCACGGGCGGUGAGUGGUUGACGGGUCUCCCUCCUUCUGGCUAGCGGGUUCGGGUGCCCCCUUGCCGCGGCAGGAAGAGGAGGGCGGCAUGUGCGGCGGGGCGGGGCUGCGCUGAGCUGAGAGCAGGAGCCGGGAGCCGGAGAUGGGGGCGGCCGGGGCCCGCUGGGCGCCUGGGGCGGCUCUGGUGCUCGCGGCCCUGCUGGGGGCCUCGGGAGCCGGCCUGGCCGACAACGUGAUCUGGGCAGUGAACGCGGGCGGCGAGGCCCAUGUGGACGUGAACGGCAUCCACUUCCGCAAAGACCCGCUCGAGGGCCGGGUGGGCCGAGCCUCUGACUAUGGCAUGAAGCUGCCAAUCUUGCGGUCCAACACAGAGGAUCAGAUUCUGUACCAGACUGAGCGUUACAACGAGGAGACCUUUGGGUAUGAAGUCCCCAUUAAGGAGGAGGGCGACUACGUUGUGGUGUUGAAGUUUGCUGAAGUCUAUUUUGCACAGNNNNUCCAACAGAUGUUCCAAAGCUGCAGCCUCACCCUGGCCUGGAGAAAAAAGAGGAUGAGGAAGAUGAAGAAGAGUAUGAUGAAGGCUCCAGCAUUAAAAAACAGGCCAAUAAGAACCGGGUUCAGUCAGGCCCCCGGACACCAAACCCCUACGCCUCGGACAACAGCAGCCUCAUGUUUCCUAUAUUGGUGGCCUUUGGUGUCUUCAUUCCUACCCUCUUCUGCCUUUGCCGGUUGUGAGGGCAAGCCCCGUGCAGAGAUGCAGUGGCAGGGGUCGCAGGCCAGGAGGAAAGGAGUCGGACCAAAUGCGGUUGCUUUCAGUUUCUCCAUAUUUUUCAUAAUUUAAGGGAAAAAAAGUUCAUUUGGAAUGAACGGCAGGUACAGGUAAAGGGGGGAGCUCGCCUUCCCCCAGCCAGCGAGCAGCGAGGCCUUGGCUUCCCCUGUUGCACCAUAAGCAGCAUCCCGUCCGCUUCGGGGCACUUGAAAUUAAACUGGAUCCUUGCUGGCUGUCUGGGCUGUAGGAAGCUGAUGCUGGCGAACUUUGGUCCAUAUCUCGCACGGAGAGGAAGCUGCGUGACCCAAACGCUGUGCCCUUGCCAGGUGGAUAAUUGGUCUCAGCUUAAGAAGCUAAGCAGGGAAGCACUCUCUGAAUGUUGCCUGGAAAACAGCCUUUGAAGUGAGACCUAGAUGAGUGUUUUGGUCAGAAGUGUGCACAGAUGUUCUGGUGCCUUUGGGUGACUAACAAUUAUGGGGGAAAGAGACUGGCUUUUCAACAGCUAUCUGAAUGUGUGUAGCAAAAUGCACGAUACUUCUCUGUCCUAAAGAUACACAGGCUCAGACUUGCUGAUGGGUCUCCAGGAAAGGUUCCAACUUUAGAGUGAGUUGCAAAAAGAGCUGAGGGAAUUAUUUGGCCUGAUUUUCUGCACCAGUUGGGAGAGACUUUCCUAGUUUGAUAAUUGUGUAACGUUAGAUCGUUGCUGCGGGGGUUCUGCUGUGACCUGCAAUAGGCUGGCUUUUUGCUGCAGAGUCUUUGCCCCGGAUGCGUUUGGUUUCUGUAUCAGUUGUGGCUUUUAUUUCCUUUUUAAUAUUUUUCUUUGCAGUGGCUCACUUCAAGCCCCAUCCCACCUUGCCCUCUCUAGUGUACAGUGUCUCCCCUGGAGGGGCUGAGAACCAGGUGACCAAAAAAAUUGAGGCUUUGAGCCCCCAAUGCUUGUGCAUCCCUACUAUGAUCAAUAGUCUGGCAGCCUUAAGACAGAGUAGUGCAACCCUUGAAGCACUUUCCAAUGACCCUCUAAUCCUUCUGCAUCAGCUGCAUUGAUCUGAUCCAGUCUGCAGUAAUAUGAGAUUGCAGUCUGUACCUACCAUUAACUAUCUUGCGUAGGCUUUGGAAUAUCAGGAUAUGCCAAAGAAUUGGAUGCUGGCAAGUGCCAAGGUGCCCAGCCUCGCAGUCCUGUAGGAUAAGCGUGUCCAUCCAUUGUGGAGAAUCUGAAAUGGAUGGAAACUGCUGUAGAUCAGUCUGGUCAGCUUCCAGGGUCACCUGAUGAUAGGUCUGAGCUACCCUGUUCACUUUCCCCCACUGAAAGUGGACUCUGCACCCGCAUGAAGAGCAUGUGUUCUCUGAGUGGGGUGGCAGGAGAGGCUGCUUCGCUCUGGAUCUGAGUCUUGUGUAAUCAGGAGAGCAGUGUGGAAAACAAAAGGCUGCAAUGUGCAAUCCACACACUCUUCCUGGUCUGGAACUGGAGGUCCUUGAGCAGCUGGCAUCACUUAAGAUCUGAAUCUGCAAGGUGCUGAGCAGCUUCAGUUCCCAUUGACUUAUGGGAGUUGGCCGUGCUGCUUUCCUCACAGGAAGUGCCCGGCACCUUGCACAGCCAGGGUAAAGGGUAUUCUCUGGAGCUUGAGACACCAGCCUUGUCAGCUUUCAUUCUAAUAACAUCCGACCUCUGGAUCCUCAGGGCAGAAUUCUCUUUGCCUUGGGCUAAAUCUGUUUCUUUUGGCAAGCAUCUCAUCUGCUUCAUACCAUGCAGCUUGACUGAGAAGUAAUCCCCCUGCUGCUCCUGCCUGGAUUCUGACUUUUCCUAUCAAUUGCUUUUGAGCACAAUUGUAUGUAGCUGCUCAACUCACACCUAGCCUUUUGAUAAGCUAGACAGAGCUUCUUGGUGAAGGGUCAGCAGAGCUCUAUGAAUAGUCUGUUUACAGAAGCCAAGGCAUUUAGUUUCUUCCUAUUAAUUUUCAAGCUGUGGAAAGUGUUGCCCAGCCAUGAGUGCCAAGACAGGAGCUAGGGACACUGUCAGAGCAUUGGUCCCCAAAGCAGCCAUCUUUCUGAGCAAGUGCAUUGCUGCUUUGUGUUUAACCACAAUUCUGAUUCUGUAAGUCCAGUGCAGAAUAUAGGAUCCAACUGAGCUUUCUCCCGUUGCUACUGUCAGCCACUAAUGCUCGCACAAGCAGUUCAGUUGGUAAAACAGUCAGAGAAUGCUUGACUGUAAUGAAACCUACCCACGGGGAGGAGAAGGCCAGCAGUAGAUCUCCAGAGCAAGCCAAGUUCUGAAACACUGGGAGGCCUGGGACUAGCAGCUUCAUUCAGCUGUCUCCUCCUGGACUCGUAUCACUCCUAAAUGCUUAUUUUUUUAAUGUAUGAGUCAAUUAAAAAGGGGUAUUUUGAGGACAUUUUUUAUUCUGAGUGGCAAUGUCUGUAAAAUUUUGUCUAACCUUAUGAUUUCCCCGGAUCUCUUUGGCCAUCAUCUGAUCACUCUAACACACUAGAACAGCACAGGGUUUGGAACCUUAAUCAAAUAGCAGGAACUUCUUGGGUUCAGCACAAACUACCCCGAUUCAUUAGGCAAACCAAGAAUUUGGUCUUGAAAACAACAAGCCUUCCAACUGAGGAGUGUGCUCUUCUCUUCCCCUGAGAUGCCAGCAUUUCUUAGACACAAGU